GGCAACAUGACAUGGUGGGUUUUGCCUUGACAUGCUCACAUGACUUGCUGCGAUGACUUGAAAUCGACUGCCGAGGUCUCGGAUGCAAAAGCCUUGCCCCCGUUGUCCCAUGGCCGCGCGUGAUGUUUAGAUCAGGCCUCCUCGUCCAGAGCCUGCUCUGGACGGUUUCUUCGUCCAUCGUACAGGUUUCACUUGACAGUUCCGGGAAGAUCGAAGCUUUCAGGCCGCAUAGCAAGCGGCAGAAGCUUCUCCGGAGAGAAGCAGCCAAUGCAUCCUUGAUCCAUGAAGAUGAACUUGAGCAUUAUGACCUGUUGAUUUUGAUCCCCGCGAGCCUGCGCCGUGACCGGGCACGGCUGAGCGCGAUCCGGGAGACCUGGACGCGAGAUAUUGAUACGACGACCCAUUUCUGUGCCAGGUGCCGGAGCAACCGGACGCUGAAGUACCUCUUCCUGCUUGGAGAUGAAGCCGACCCGGACAGUGAGGAGAUGCAGGCUGCAGACGUGGUGGCGUUGCCCAGCAGCAGCGCCUAUGACCGACUGGCUGAAAAGGUGCGCGGUGGGAUCCACUACGCUGUACAACACUACAGCUUCCAUCUCAUGUUGAAGGCUGAUACAGAUUCCUGGAUCUUUGUAGAUCGUUUGCUGAACUUCGCCGAGGAACAUGACUUGUUUGGCGCCAGGCGUGCAGCCCAAGCGGGCGAGGUCCGCCGCAAGGGACGGCCCCAGGGCGGCGGACGCAACCCGGAUGGCGUCUUUACGAAGCUUACCGGCCAGGAGACCUAUCCAGUCUAUAGCCCGGGCUGCGGAUAUUUGCUGACACGGGACUUGUGCAACUACAUCAGCAUGCUAGCACCGGAGGAGGAUGACGCUAGAUCCGAAUCCGAGGAGCUUCCCACGCUUCAAGACUUACCUCAGGAAGAUGUUUCAGCUCCUUAGCGAGGCCGUGGAACACGAGCACAUCAGCAUGCCUUUGUCCAUCAUGGGUGAUGCCUGCCGAAAGUCCGACGGCCAGUCGAUGGUGCUUGACCACUACGUCUCGGAGGGGGAGAUGCGGCGCCGUUGGGCCAACCUGCAGCAGACGGGCGACCCCUGCGAGGAGGUGGGGGAGGACAGUGUGUCACCCAAUGCCACCUCGCUUCUUGAAAAGUGGC